AGAGAACUUGCGUGAAGUAACAUCGCCAGACGUCGAAAAGGAAAAGUUUUAAUGAAAAAAACUAUUUUUAGUCGAAAAUAACGAAAAAAUUCUCGGAAUUCGUCAUAAAAAUAUCAACGAAAUACCAAAGCAAGACAACAAAUCAUGCCGCCUCACACCAAAAACGUGAUUGUCACAACUUCUAGUCACCCCGAAUUAUUCACGGACAAAAAUAAUAACGAUGCGAUCUCAGAGGAAAAGUCACAGGAAGACCUUUACGAAGCAACGCCGCUCAUCAGAAGUGCUCCCGAAGCAACGCACGAGAAAUUUAUUCCACAAAUUCGAUGGCCUGACCUGUUCGCGCAACUUUUCCUUCACACUGGAUGGCUUUACGGAGCUUUUUUUCUCGUUACGGGACAAGCAAAGUUCGAAACUUACAUUUGGAUUUUUGUCCUUAUUUAUGGAUCAGGCUUCGGAAUAACCGCCGGAGCUCACAGAUUAUGGUCCCACAAAAGUUACAAAGCUAAAUGGCAGUUACGCGUUCUGCUGAUUUUUCUGUUUACGAUAACGGGACAGCGCGACGCGUACACUUGGGCUCACGAUCAUCGAAUCCAUCACAAAUAUUCCGAGACUGACGCCGAUCCGCAUGAUGCUCGACGAGGAUUUUUCUUCGCUCACGUUGGCUGGCUCUUCCUCACGCCCCAUCCUGAAGUCGUUGCGAAGCGAAAAGUCAUCGACAUGAGUGACCUUGAACAGGAUUCGAUUGUUAUGUUCCAAAAAAGAUUUUACAUUCCGCUCUUCGCUUUAUUGGCUGUUGCCUUACCCAUUCUCGUUCCCUGCUACUUUUGGGACGAAAAUUUAUGGAUUUCUGUGUGGACUUGCUUCAAUUUCCGUUUCACAACGACACUAAAUAUGGCAUUUUUGGUCAAUUCCGUCGCUCACAUGUACGGCAAACGUCCUUACGACAAGAGAAUUAGCCCCGUUGAAAGUCUCCCCGUUGCAAUUGGAGCUUUAGGCGAAGGAUGGCACAAUUAUCAUCACGUUUUCCCUUGGGACUACAAAACGGGCGAAUUAGGAGCUUACAUGUUCAAUCCUUCGACAGGUUUCAUCGAUGGCAUGGCGAAAUUAGGGCUCGCGUACGACAGAAAAUCCGUAAGUCGUGAAAUGAUCAAGAGACGAGUCGAAAAAUACGGCGACGGAACACACGGCGGAUGGAUGGAUGACGAAAAUGUGCACAAAAAUGCCGUUUGGGGAUAUGGGGAUGGCGAUAUUGACGCCGAGGAUUUACGAGAUUUAAAGAAAAUGCAAUAAAAAAGUGA